AUGGCAACAUUACUAAAGACAAGGGGAUUGCGUAUGACAGCGCAGAAGCAAGAGACACUUUUGAAAUUAACUGUGCUUUCCUUAGCAGCAAUUUUAUCAUUUGCAACACGUUUGUUCUCAGUGCUAAGAUUUGAAAGUGUUAUUCAUGAAUUUGAUCCGUACUUUAAUUAUCGCACCACAAAAUAUUUAGCUGAAAAUGGAUUCUACAGUUUUCACAAUUGGUUUGAUGAUCGCGUUUGGUAUCCACUUGGCAGGAUAAUAGGAGGAACCAUAUAUCCUGGUUUGAUGAUAACUUCCGCAGCAUUAUAUCGUAUCUCAUGGUUAUUGAAUAUUACACUAGAUAUACGCAACAUUUGUGUCUUCCUCGCUCCGUUGUUUUCAAGUUUAACAACAAUUAUUACCUAUUUGCUUACUAAAGAAUUAAAAGAUUCAGCAUCAGGCCUAUUCGCAGCUGCAAUGAUUGCAAUUGUACCUGGUUAUAUAUCUCGGUCAGUCGCAGGUUCUUAUGACAAUGAAGGCAUAGCGAUUUUUUGUAUGCUAUUUACAUACUACAUGUGGAUUAAAGCUGUGAAAACAGGAGCGAUAUGUUGGGCUACGUGCGCCGCACUGGCUUACUUCUAUAUGGUGUCUUCUUGGGGCGGAUAUGUUUUUCUAAUUAAUUUGAUUCCAUUGCAUGUGUUAACAUUGAUGGUGACUGGCAGAUUUUCUCACAGGAUAUACAUUGCAUAUAGUAUUUUAUAUUGUUUAGGAACUAUUUUAUCUAUGCAGAUCUCAUUUGUUGGUUUUCAACCUGUUCAAAGUUCCGAGCACAUGCUUGCAUUAGGUGUUUUUGGCCUCUGUCAAAUUCAUGCAUUAGUAGAUUAUUUGCGGAGUAAAUUAUCUCAAAAGGAGUUUGAGAUAUUAUUCCGUGCUCUGCUUGCUGUGGUGAUUACAACAUCAUGUGUAGUUGGUGGUAUUUUAACCAUCACAGGAAAAAUAUCACCAUGGACUGGACGCUUUUAUUCCUUGCUCGAUCCAUCUUAUGCAAAAAAUCAUAUUCCAAUAAUUGCUUCAGUUUCGGAACAUCAGCCAACAUCAUGGAGUUCCUUCUACUUUGAUCUGCAGAUACUUGUAUUUUUGUUCCCAUCAGGCUUAUACUUCUGUUUUUCUAAGCUAACAGAUUCGAAUAUUUUCUUAAUUUUGUAUGGAGUUACUAGUUUAUAUUUUUAGGGAGUGAUGGUACGUUUAAUGUUAGUACUUGCUCCAGUAAUGUGCAUUUUGGGUGGAAUUGGAGCGUCUUCUUUAUUAGUUACUUACAUGAAGCAAGUAGAAAGUGGAAAAGUUGUCGAUAAGAAAGCCAAGAAAUUCGAGAGUAAUUAUAUCUUGAGGAGUGAGAUCGCCUCAUUUUUCAUCAUAGUAAUGUCUAUACUCUUCCUGUCUUAUACUUUUCACUGCACGUGGGUUACAGCAGAAGCUUAUAGCUCGCCUAGUAUUGUAUUAUCUGCACGGUCGCCUGAUGGUGGACGAAUGAUUUUUGACGAUUUUAGAGAAGCAUAUUAUUGGCUACGUAUGAACACACCCGAGAAUGCUAAAAUAAUGUCUUGGUGGGAUUACGGGUAUCAGAUAACUGCGAUGGCAAAUCGUACUAUUUUAGUAGACAAUAAUACAUGGAAUAAUACGCACAUAUCAAGAGUCGGUCAGGCAAUGGCCAGUUCCGAGGAAAAAGCUUACGAAAUUAUGAGAGAAUUAGAUGUCAACUACGUUCUUGUGAUUUUUGGAGGACUCACUGGCUAUUCAUCAGAUGAUAUAAAUAAGUUCCUAUGGAUGGUGCGUAUUGGUGGUAGUACGGAAAAAGGAAAGUCCAUAACCGAGUGGGAUUAUUAUAAUUCCGCAGGCGAAUUCCGAGUAGAUAAAGAGGGAUCUCCAAUUUUGCUCAAUUGUCUCAUGUACAAAAUGUGUUAUUACAGAUUUGGCCAAGUCUAUACCGAAGGCGGUAAGCCUUCAGGUUAUGACAGAGUAAGGAACAUGGAGAUUGGAAACAAAGAUUUUGAAUUAAAUACAUUAGAAGAAGCAUAUACGACAGAACAUUGGCUUGUGCGAAUUUACAAAGUGAAAGAUUUACGAAACAGAGGAGCUUAA